AUUCAUUCAUUCAAUAACGUAUAAGUUCUUCUUCGGAAAUUCCAAUUUUUGUUUUGGCCUGUACAUUUUAUAUACACGAAUGACAUGGCCAUAUUAUUCCUGUUAAGAAAUCUCUCUCUACGAAAAUGGCGUUCGCAAUGGGUCAAAUCUUCCAGCGUUCGAAUCCUUCCCACAUUUCAGUUAAACAAUCUUCACAGCCAUUGAGGUCAUUCAAGCCCAGGACAAAUUCUGGGCGUUUAACGUGCAAAAGCAGUUCAUUUUGCAUCGAAAACAGCGACGAUGUUGGCAAGUGUUUGAAAGAAUUUGAUCCAAGCGUGCCUGUGGAGAAAGCGGUGACAGCUCCCAGCUCAUGGUACACUAACCCGGCCUUUCUGAGCCUCGAAAUGGAGCGGGUAUUCUCUCGAGGGUGGCAGGCUGUAGGCGUUCUUGGACAGGUUGAGAAUCCACAUGAUUUUUUCACCGGCAGUUUGGGGAAUGUGCAGUUUGUGAUUUGCCGGGAUGGGAGUGGUGAUUUGCAUGCUUUCCACAAUGUUUGUCGUCACCAUGCUGCUCUUGUUGCAUCAGACAGUGGGAGAAAAUCUUGUUUUGUAUGCCCUUAUCAUGGAUGGACUUAUGGUCUUGAUGGAGUUCUUCAAAAGGCAACGAGAUUAGGGGGAAUUCAGAAUUUCAACGUUAACGAUUUUGGAUUAUUGCCAAUAAAUCUAGCCAUAUGGGGACCGUUUGUGUUAAUCAACUUGGAUAAUAAGGAUACAACUUCAGAGAUGGAGAAUAGCAUGGUGGUUGGAAAUGAAUGGCUUGGAAGCUCUUCAGAGAUACUGGCGAGUGCUUUCAUCAAUCAGAACUUGCAACAUAUUGCUCGGCGAGAAUAUACAAUCAACUGCAACUGGAAGGUUUUCUGUGACAAUUAUUUAGAUGGAGGCUAUCAUGUUCCAUAUGCACAUGGAGGGCUUGCAGCUGGUCUCAAUCUUACCUCUUACUCUACAACAUUGUUUGAGAAGGUAAGCAUACAGAGUUGCCAGAGUGCAAAGCUGGAGGGAAAAGAGAAUUUUGACAGGCUUGGAGGGAAUGCAGUCUAUGCUUUUAUAUAUCCGAACUUUAUGGUUAAUAGGUAUGGUCCUUGGAUGGACACCAAUCUUGUCCUGCCACUGGGAACUUCCAAGUGCCAAGUAAUCUUUGAUUACUUCCUUGAGACCUCACAGCAGAAUGAUAAAGCAUUUAUUGAAAGGAGUCUACAAGAAAGUGAAAGGGUACAGAUAGAGGAUAUCUCAUUAUGCGAAGGUGUCCAAGCGGGCUUGAUGUCUCCAGCAUACAACAGUGGUCGUUAUGCACCUCAAGUUGAAAUGGCCAUGCACCAUUUCCAUUGUUUAUUACACAAGGAUCUUGUCAAAUCUUGAUCUUCUAUCAAGUCUCGAGGAAUUCAAUGCAUUCAAGUAGGUCUAGUAGUGGUCUGUACGUAGAUUAGUGAUAAAUUUCAAAACCCAAUGGAAUGAUUGUUAUUCAAUAUAUAUAAAAAAAAAAACUAUCAAACAAUGUUCAUUUCUUUUCACUCUUAGCUUCACCUUUUUGAAUGUAUCCAUUAUCCUAAGAUAAUAUUGGACACCAGGGCCAAGAAAACUUUCAUUGCACAUAACAAGGCAAAGAUCGCCUUUUGUUGUCUACUUUGGCCUAUAGUAACAAUAAUAAUCAUACAUGUGGAAAAAAUAAGGUAAAGAUCAAUAUUUUCUAGUUUU